UGCGAGUGCGAGUACGAGUACGAAUGGUUCCGUGAGUGUGGUGAAUUUAUGCUGAAGAGAGUCUCCGGAAGAGAGCUGGACCGUCCCUAGGCUAAGAGAGUGCCGUGCCACACGGUGGCAUCCAUCUGAACAUCUGAAGCAUCGCAGUCAAGCUGAGUCCUUGCUGGCAGUCGGUUGUCUGGUCGGGAGGGAACUUUACGUUAUACGUGCGUGUGUUAGCUCAGCUCCGAUUAGAGUGUGUGCCGGCAAUGAAGUGAAUGUCCUGGCCAUGAAGUCCCCACAAACAUAACAAAACACCAAAUCAUCAUCACCCAAAAAAAAUCCAAAAAAAAAAAAAAGAUUGAAAAGUUGUGCCAAAGAAAACCAAGAAGUCAAGUGUCUGAAAUGUAAAAAUCCGCCGCUAAGUUAAACCCAAAUCAAAAUUACCAAAAUCAUUGCCACGCGAGGAUAAACCUGCACCAGAGAGAGAAAUAGAGAGAGAGAGGAACCAAAACUAAAACCAAAAAAAAUCCAGACCAAAAUCAAAACAGAAGCCGGAAAACAUGUGGAUUAGUAGCCGCCUCUUUGUGAUUUGUUUGCUGCUCCAUCAUGAUGCAACCUACAGCGAACCGUUUGAGACACAUCUGCGUGGUCCUGGAUUCGUAAUGGAGCCGCCGGGGCGCGUGGAAUUCUCGAACUCCUCGGGCGGCUGGCUGGACUGCUCCGCCUCGGGCAGCCCGCAGCCCACCAUUGAUUGGGUACAUGCGGACGGCAGCGCCGUCACCGAGAUCCACGGAGUGCGACGUGUCCUGAGGAACGGCACCCUCGUCCUGAUGCCCUUUGCGGCGGCUGCCUAUCACCAGGACAUCCACAAUACGAUCUACCGCUGCAUUGCCAGCAACUCGGUGGGGCGCAUUGUGUCCCGGGACGUGCAAGUGAGGGCUGUCGUGGCACAGGCCUAUAAGGUGGAUGUGGAGGUGCUAUCUGCGUCGCGGGGCUGCACCGCCAUUUUGCGUUGUGUGGUGCCCACGUUUGUCAAGGAAUUGGUACGAGUGGUCUCGUGGGUUCAUGAACCCGCUAUCUACAUCUAUCCCUCGUUGCAAGGCGACGGAAAAUUCCAUUUGCUGCCCACUGGCGAGCUGCUCAUCCACAAUCUGCAGGAGAGCGACGAAUCGCAGUCCUUCCGCUGUCGGAGCAUGCAUCGCCUGACCCGCCAGGUUGUCGUCAGCUCGCCCACACGACUACGUAUUAAUUCUCAUCGCGGCAUCAUUUCGCCGAGUGUGGUGGAGCACACGGCUCAUGUGCAGGUGUCGCAGGACGAGGGCGCGGUGCUGCUGUGCGUCGCUCAGGGAUGUCCUUCCCCCGAAUACAGCUGGUAUACCCACAAUGGGGCCGGACCCCUGCCUGUGCUGAGCGGCCCCCGGGUUCGCCUGCUCGGCCCCAUUCUGGCCAUUGAGGCCGUCACGGGCGAGGACUCCGGCGUGUACAAGUGCACGGCCAGCAAUGUGGGCGGUGAGGCCAGCGCGGAGCUGCGCCUCACCGUGGCCACGCCCAUCCAAGUGGAGAUCUCGCCGAAUGUGCUCAGCGUCCACAUGGGGGGCACGGCCGAGUUCCGAUGCCUGGUGACCAGCAACGGCAGCCCCGUGGGCAUGCAGAAUAUCCUGUGGUACAAGGACGGGCGCCAGCUGCCUUCAUCGGGCCGCGUCGAGGACACGCUGAUGGUGACCCGCGUCAGCCGCGAAAAUCGGGGCAUGUACCAGUGUGUGGUGCGAAGACCCGAGGGCGAUACAUUCCAGGCCACCGCCGAGCUGCAGCUGGGGGAUGCCCCGCCGGUGCUCCUGUACAGCUUCAUCGAGCAGACCCUGCAGCCGGGACCAGCUGUGAGCCUCAAGUGCUCCGCAGCCGGCAAUCCAACGCCGCAAAUUUCAUGGACACUGGACGGAUUUCCGCUGCCAUCAAACGGAAGAUUUAUGAUCGGACAAUACAUCACAGUGCAUGGCGAUGUAAUUAGUCAUGUUAACAUAAGCCACGUCAUGGUCGAGGAUGGCGGCGAGUAUGCCUGCAUAGCCGAAAACCGUGCGGGCCGAGUGCAGCAUGCGGCCCGCCUGAAUAUAUAUGGUCUUCCGUACAUUCGUCUGAUUCCAAAGGUGACCGCCGUCUCGGGCGAAACAUUGAAUCUGAAGUGCCCCGUGGCUGGAUAUCCCAUCGAGGAGAUCCAUUGGGAGCGCGGCGGCCGGGAGCUGCCCGACGACAUACGGCAGCGUGUGCAGCCGGACGGCUCGCUGACCAUCAGUCCCGUGCAGAAGAACUCCGAUUCCGGCGUGUACACGUGCUGGGCCCGGAACAAGCAGGGCCACAGUGCCCGGCGCAGCGGCGAGGUGACGGUCAUAGUGCCGCCGAAGCUAAGCCCCUUCCAAACGAACAUCCUGCAGCUGAAUAUGGGGGAUCGCGCCUCGCUCACCUGCUCGGUGGUCAAGGGCGAUCUGCCGCUGACCAUCAACUGGCGCAAGGAUGGCCGCCCCAUCGAUCCCACGCAGCACAUGUCCGUGAAGCAGGUGGACCAGUACAACAGCAUCCUGGUUAUCGAGAAUCUGGGCAGCGACCACACCGGCAACUACUCCUGUGUGGUGCGGAACUCGGCGGCCGAGGUGGAGAACUCUCAGGCCCUCCUGGUCAAUGUGCCGCCGCGCUGGAUUGUCGAGCCAGCGGACGCGAACGUGGAGCGAAAUCGUCACAUAAUGCUGCACUGCCAGGCCCAGGGUGUGCCCACGCCCAGCAUUGUCUGGAAGAAGGCCACAGGCAGCAAGUCCGGGGAGUACGAGGAGGUUCGGGAGCGUCCCUUCACCAAGCUCCUGGCCAACGGCUCGCUGCUGCUGCAGCACGUUAAGGAGGAUCGGGAGGGCUUCUAUCUGUGCCAAGCAAACAAUGGCAUCGGCACCGGCAUCGGCAAGGUCAUCCAACUGAAAGUGAACUCCUCACCGUACUUCUCCUCCACGUCCCGCUCGGUCACCGUGAAGAAGGGCGACACGGCGCUGCUGCAGUGCGCCGUGAGCGGCGACAAGCCGAUCAAUAUUGUCUGGAUGCGCUCUGGGAAGAACACGCUCAACCCGUCGACCAACUACAAGAUAUCGGUUAAGCAGGAAGCCACUCCGGACGGAGUCUCGGCUGAGCUGCAAAUACGCACCGUGGAUGCCACCGACAGUGGGCCGUAUUUCUGCAGGGCCAGCAAUCUGUACGGCAACGAUCAGCAGCUGGUGCAGCUGCAGGUGCAGGAGCCACCACAGCCGCCCAGUGUGCUGGAGGCGGCCAUGAUAAGCAGCCGAUCGGUGAACCUCAAGUGGCAGCCCAAGUCCCUGGGCACCGGCGAUGUGUCCAAGUACCUGGUGGAGUACCGCGAGGCCGAUCCAUUGUUCGUGGAACAGUGGCAGCAGCUGGAGGUCAAGGAUCCGCCCUCCUUCAACGCUUUGAUCGAGAACCUUAAGCCGGCCACUAAGUACGCCUUCAGGGUGAUAGCCGAGGGCAAUGCGGGACGCAGUGCACCCAGCCAGGAGCUGGUUGUGCGCACAGAGCCACAGCGCCCAGCGGGCCCGCCCCUUAAUCUAUCCGUCAGACCUCUGUCCUCCACGGAGCUGCUGAUCAGCUGGGUGGCACCGCUGCCAGAGCUGCGACACGGCGACAUCCAGGGCUACAAUGUGGGCUACAAGCUGGCCAGUUCCGGCAACACGGCCUACAACUUCACCUCCGUUUCGGGCGACGGCGAUGGCGGCAGCGGGGAGCUCCUGUUGAGCGGACUGGCCAAGUUUGCCCGCUACAACGUCGUGGUGCAGGCCUUCAAUCAGGUGGGUCCGGGACCCCUUUCCGAGCCGAGCGCAGCGCAGACCAUGGAAGAUGUGCCCAGUCGUCCGCCGGAGGAUGUGCGCUGUGCCGCCCUGUCCUCGCAGUCGCUGCAAGUGUCGUGGCAGCCGCCGCCGAUAUACCACACGAACGGACUGCUGCAGGGAUACAAGCUGGUCUUCGAGCCCGUCAUGGACGACAUUCUGCCCAGCAAGGACGAGGUGGAGUCCCGCAAGACAACGGCCCUGACCAUGGUGCUGACGGGUCUGCGAAAGUACACGAACUACAGCAUCCAGGUGCUGGCCCACACACGCAUGGGCGACGGCUCCGUGUCCAAGGCCCUGUUCUGUCACAGCGAGGAGGAUGUGCCCGAGGCGCCGGCCGACAUCAAGGUGGUGGUGAGCACCACACAGUCGCUCUACAUCUCCUGGCUGCCACCCACCGAGCCCAAUGGCGUCAUCACCAAAUACAGCCUGUACACGCGCGUCGUCAACGGGCGGGAGGAGCUGAACAACGAGAAGCGGAGCCUGCCAUCGCAGCAGCACUUCUACGAGUCGAAGGGGCUGCAUCCACACAUGGAGUACCAGUUCUGGGUGACGGCCAGCACGCGCGUGGGCGAGGGCAAGAGCUCCAGGGUGGUCUCCCAGAUCACGACCAAUCGGGUGCCGGCCAGAAUCAUCUCGUUCGGGGGGCCGGCGGUGCGGCCCUGGCGAGCAACAGUAACGCUGCCCUGCACGGCGGUGGGCAAGCCCAAGCGCGAGUGGUUCAAGUCGGACGUGGCCCUGCGCCAGGGCGGACUGCACAACUCGCAGCUGCUGGACUCGGGCGACUUGAUCAUCAACAACCUGCAACUGGCGGACAGUGGCAACUACAGCUGUCAGGUGGAUAAUGGCAUUGGCACGGACCGUCUCACCCACACGCUGCUGGUGCAGGUGCCGCCCUCCGCUCCGGUGCUGUACGUGACCAGCGCCACCUCGAGCAGCAUCCUGAUGCACUGGAAGUGCGGCUUCACCGGCAACGCCCCCAUCACUGGCUACACCCUGUUCUACCGGCGCGGCUCGGGCAACACGGACGAGAUGCAGCUGUCGCGGCACGCCUCCAGCCACGAGCUGAAGGGCUUGGUCUGCGGCAGCACCUACCAGAUCCACCUGAGUGCCCAGAACAAGGUGGGAACCUCGCCCACCAGCAUCAUGCUGCACGUGCGCACCCAGGGCCAGGCGCCGGGCAUGCCCGCCUCCACCAGUCUGCUGUCCCCCAACUCCACAUCGGUGCUGAUCCGCCUACACACCUGGCCGGACAAUGGCUGCCCCCUCAUGUACUUUGUGCUGCAGUACCGCGCCAUGACCGACGAUCCCGAAACGGAGUGGGUGCUAGUGUCCAAUGCCCUCAAACCGCAGCGACGUGUGACCGUGUCCAAUCUGCAGCCGUCGACGCUCUAUCAGAUGCGCAUGGAGGCGCACAAUGUGGCUGGAGCCUCGCAGGCGGAGUUCUCGUUCGUGACGCUGACCAAGGACGGCGACCCACCGCCGCCGGAGAUCGUGCAGCGGGGCCAGCGCGGUCCGACCGUCUUCUAUGGCAACAUCAACCUGCUGAUACCCAGCAUAGCGGCGCUCUCGGGCAUGAUCUGCACCAUCGCCAUGGUCAUCAUUUGCUACAGGCACAUUCUGCACCCUGCUCCGUCGCCCGCAGAGCAAAGCAACCACAUACAAAAGGAGUCGCUGGAGAAUCGUGCCAAUUCGGAGGCGGCGCAGCGUGAGCGCUACUACGCCACCAUCCAUAAGGUUUCCAUGCAGAACAAUGACAAGAUUCCAGAAACCUCCGAGGACAUCUCGCCGUAUGCCACCUUUCAGCUGUCGGAGGCGGGCAACAUGUCCCAGCCGCAUCACAGCGGACCGGCCAACACGCUGCUGCACUCGUUCAUGUACCAUGAGAGGGCCUUGGCCGAGGGCUGUUCAUCGCCACCACCAGCUGCGUCCAAGAACCGAAGACGCCACUCGCGCAAGACCGAGCCGGAGAGCGAGGAAUCGGAGUCGGACCAGGACCAGCUGACCUCCAGCCGCACCGAGUCUUCCAACCAGCACGAGGGCAAGAUCAAGCACAGCAUCAUCUACCAUGGAGCACAAUCAAGCACAUCCUCCGACCUGUCGCCAAUGUCCGAGCAAAAGUCACUGCCGCGACGCGGUCGCUCCAGGGCUGGCAUCCUGCGAACGCUGCAUCCGCUCCAGCUGCAGGCCGAGUGCACCCCCGGUGCCUUCCACCACGCCGAGGAGGGGCUGGGCGAGCGCAUCGAGCUGGCAGAGGUGGAGUGCGAUGUGGACACGAUCAAGAAGCUAAAGCUCGGCCAGCGAUCGUCGCUCUGGUCGCGCCCCUCCUCCACCACAUCCCAGUUGCAGCAGGAGCACCAACAGCAGCAGCAGCACCACCACCAGCAGCAGCAGCAGCAGCAACGACAGCAGCAACAGCAGCCACCACACAAGAGGGCGCAUUCCAAGUCGCCGCAACCGCAGCAACAGCAGCCAUUGCAACAGCCACGCCCACAACAACAUUCACCCGCUCCAGGCCAGAAAUUGCUUAGCGAGAAAUCGGAUUACUCGAUAUCCGUCUGAGACAUUGGUAAGAUCUGAUCGCAGGAUCAGCAUAUAGGAUGAGGCCCUGGCCCUGCCCUGGCCCUGUAGUAGAAGGGAAUUGAGCUAUUCCGCAGCCGGGCCGUUUUUUGUACAUUUUAUAAUGCAUUUGUUACCUUGCCCAACCAAAACCCAGAACUCCCAGACGCCUGUACCCCACCCCACCCCAACCAGGUUGACCCCGUAACCAGUUUGCCAAUCCAACCAAAAAAAAAAACCCCACGAUACCUACCCAGUCACACAAUGACACAGUGAAAACUUUCGGACAAUCAAUAUCAAAAUUCUGCACAACCAUCCAAAAACGAGAAUACUCAACAAAAACACAUCCCAUUGCAAUCUCUCUCCUACCCCGUAUAUAUAUAUAGAGGUCAUACUCGUACUCGUACUCGUAAUCGUACCACAACAUACCCCAUAUGUAUAUCUAAGUAUUAAUAAUUGUGCAUGCACAUACAUACAUACAUACAUUCAUAUGUAUGCAGAUGUAUUUGUAUUUGUAUUUGUAUAUGGCAUGUGUCCAGAACCCAGGUCAGUUGUCGAACUUCCACAAAUGUUGUAUGUACAUACAUAUAUACUAACGUAGUCCUUUAAGUACAUAUAGUAUAUACCUAUCAAUUAACAACUAAUGCGUGUAUCACUCGAAACUGUAACUCAGACUACUACUAACUGCAAAAACACUAAACUAUCCAAUACUACAUACAGCUUGGGUAUUGUAGAAGUAUCGAAAUUGUACUCGUGCUCGUACUCGUACUCGUACCGGAACUGUCUUUCAUCGUGUGUACUCGUAUUUUAGAGUGCGAAUCCCCCUCUCCAAUACGAGUAUUACUGAAUACUUUGGGCUAUAGCAGCUGCUACUCCUAAGUAGUUUUGUAGGUUUUGAGUUUUUAGCGGGCGAAAACGAGGAAUCUGGGUACAUAACUCAGAAUUAUGCUGUGUACAAAUUGAUAUGUAUUGUAUAUUUAUGUGGGUGUCUAAAUAAUGCUCAAGUAUGUAUGUAUAUAGGUAGGUAUGGUAUGGUAUACACCAAGGUACACAAAACGAAGAAUCGAUCUACUUAUCUAGUUGUUAGCGAAUCUACAUAUUGAUAUAUUUUGUAAAUAACCACAAGGCAACCACGUAAAUGGACUGACAAAUGAUGCAUGCAUGACUCCAGAAACUCCAGAAAACCAACAGAAAAUCACAAUGAACAAUGUUAACUAAAUGUAGCUCGAAGUAUGCAAGUCGAUUGUUUCGCCAGCUGAAGCAGUAUAUUCAUAUAUAAUAUGACACAAUAUCGCAGUAUCCACUCAUUAGUGUUUCCAUUACAAUAAACAAACUGUCGUUCGUCGAGUUGUAGAUAAAUGUUUUUAAAAAGGAUGAAGAGAAUGUGAAGGGCUAGGGGAAAGUAGAAUCAAAUACCAAAUCGUAAUCAAACUUUGAAAUAUUACAAAACACUCAAUCAACAAGCAGCAGCGGUGCAGUGCAGUGCAGAACGCCACGUUAAGAGCAAACAAACAAACUACAAAUUAAUAUAUAGCUCUUAGUUUGUAUCGAAUAAUCCACAUAAUACGAGUACAUAGCUGUAUUUUAACUAGUCUACAAAUACAUAAGAAAAUCCAUAUACCACAAUACUACAACAGCAGCCAGAAUUAAAUAAGGAACAGAUCAGACGACCCCAUUCGGAACCAUGUGCCAAAAUUUGUUUUUAGACAAAGCUCUCUUAAAUUAUACAAUACAAGUACAAUAAAUAAGUGAGACACUAAAUCCACAAGAUAAAACUGCAGAUUAAGGUGUUCAAUUUAUGGAGCAUUAAUUCUUUCAAGAGCUUCCCAUUUGCUGCAGAACAACAGAGAUCCAGGGAUCCAGGGAUCCGAGCACUUCUUCUUUAAAAUGCCGCACUAGCGAUGCAGAUGUUUAGUCCGUUUUUUAUAUGAAUUUAUUUAUACGAUACAAGGAAAUGGUUUAUUACAUUCACAUCGAAUUUUACGAAUUUAUUAAACAACAGCAAAGUCUAAAAAUCAAAAGAGAAAUUACUUAAUAGAUCACAAUCAAAACGAGAAGCAACAACAAAACCAAAUCUAAGAAGGGAAAAACAAAUUUUUAUGUUUAACAUAUAAUUAGCACAACAACUACAAAAUAAAAACUAUUAAUGUAAAAACAAA